AUGACCGAUCGAUAUCGCAACCGAAAAGGAUACACAAGCACGAACGUCCUUGGCGUAGUUGACGCUGAUGGACGCUUUCUUGCCGUGUUGAAGGGGGUGCCAGCGAGAGCUUUGUUUACCGUGCGCUACGGACUCUCAGGCUCAAUCCUCACACCGUACCGCUCCACCCGCUACCACUUGCGUGAGUGGGCUGAAGACGAAGAUGGCCGCCAACGCAAUAACAAGGAAGUGCGGAAGCGAAAGUGGGACAUUCUCGCCAAGCCGAUGGAACUCGAGAUUCCUCUGGUCAACAUCGUCAUCCACACGUGUUGCGCCCUGCACAACUUUGUACUGGCAUGCGGCGCCGACCUUGGUGCCGAUGAUUCGGAUGAUGACACAGCAGGCGCAGCGGACAUCGCGCAUGAGCUCGAAAAACUCACAGAACGGUUCGAAAGUCAUGACAGUGGUGAAUGGCGCGAUGUGCUUGCCAACGAUAUGUGA